AAGUUAAAAGACGAGGAGUGUGAGAGGCUUUCUAAAGUCAGGGACCAACUGGGCCAGGAACUGGAGGAGCUCACUGCUAGCCUGUUUGAGGAAGCUCACAAGAUGGUGCGUGAGGCCAACAUCAAACAGUCGACGGCUGAGAAGCAGCUGAAGGAAGCUCUGAACAAGAUUGAUGUGCUCCAGGCGGAGGUGUCUGCCCUGAAGACCUUGGUCCUGUCCACGUCCCCCACCUCCCCCUGUCACGACCUUCCUGGGGGCUCCAAGGCCCCCUUCAAGAAGGGCCACGGCCGCAACAAGAGUACCAGCAGCGCCAUGCUGGGCAGCGGGCAGGAGCAGAGCGCCACACAGCCCAUCGUACGAGACUGCAGAGAGCUGGACAGUCUCCUGUUUAGUGAGUUUAAGUUGUGGAAGGAGGAGCCCAGUCUGGAGAGGAACAGCUCCUUCCUGGAGAGAGUCUACAGAGAGGACAUCUACCCCUGUCUCACCUUCUCCAAGAGUGAGCUGGGGUCGGCCAUCUUGGAGGCAGUGGAGAGGAACACGCUCAGUGUGGAGCCGGUGGGCUUCCAGACGCUACCUGUCGUCAAGGCCUCUGCUGUGGAGUGUGGAGGACCAAAAAAGUGUGCCCUUAGUGGCCAGACCAAAACCUGCAAGCACAGAAUCAAGUUUGGUGAUUCCAGCAACUAUUACUACGUGUCUCCUUUCUGUCGUUAUCGGAUCACGUCAGUUUGUAACUUCUUCACCUACAUCCGCUACAUCCACCAAGGGCUGGUCAAGCUGCAGGACGCAGAACAGAUGUUCUGGGAAGUGAUGCAGUUGAGGAAAGAGAUGAGUUUUGCUAAGCUGGGCUACUACAAGGAGGAACUGUGACCAACCAAUCACAAUCCAGAACAGAGGGAGGCGUGUCUGAAUCUCAACCUAUCAUCAGAUGCACUCCGGUAACGGACAGGAUAGCUCUCCAAUCAUCCUACCCUCCUGGUUCUCAGAAGGAAGAAGGACUGCCCCCAACGCUCCUCAUCGCCACCCCCUUCCAAUCUCUCAUCCAAUCACGUGUCAUUUCAGGAGACUCCUCCCAUCCUCUGUCUUCAAUACCUACAAGCAUAUGACUUAGAAUGCAUGCCCCUUACACCCUGACUGAUCUACCAAUAACAGUGAGUAGUUAUUCAGGAUGUAAGGGGAUUGGUAGUUCAGACUGACUGAUCUACCAAUAACAGUGAGUAGUUAGUCAGGAUGUAAGGGGAUUGGUAGUUCAGACUGACUGAUCUACCAAUAACAGUGAGUAGUUAUUCAGGAUGUAAGGGGAUUGGUAGUUCAGACUGACUGAUCUACCAAUAACAGUGAGUAGUUAUUCAGGGUGUAAGGGGAUUGGUAGUUCAGACUGACUGAUCUACCAAUAACAGUGAGUAGUUAUUCAGGAUGUAAGGGGAUUGGUAGUUCAGACUGACUGAUCUACCAAUAACAGUGAGUAGUUAUUCAGGGUGUAAGGGGAUUGGUAGUUCAGACUGACUGAUCUACCAAUAACAGUGAGUAGUUAUUCAGGAUGUAAGGGGAUUGGUAGUUCAGACUGACUGAUCUACCAAUAACGGUGAGUAGUUAUUCAGGAUGUAAGGGGAUUGGUAGUUCAGACUGACUGAUCUACCAAUAACAGUGAGUAGUUAGUCAGGAUGUAAGGGGAUUGGUAGUUCAGACUGACUGAUCUACCAAUAACAGUGAGUAGUUAGUCAGGGUGUAAGGGGAUUGGUAGUUCAGACUGACUGAUCUACCAAUAACAGUGAGUAGUUAGUCAGGAUGUAAGGGGAUUGGUAGUUCAGACUGACUGAUCUACCAAUAACAGUGAGUAGUUAUUUAGGGUGUAAGGGGAUUGGUAGUUCAGACUGACUGAUCUACCAAUAACAGUGAGUAGUUAGUCAGGAUGUAAGGGGAUUGGUAGUUCAGACUGACUGAUCUACCAAUAACAGUGAGUAGUUAUUUAGGGUGUAAGGGGAUUGGUAGUUCAGACUGACUGAUCUACCAAUAACAGUGAGUAGUUAGUCAGGAUGUAAGGGGAUUGGUAGAUCAGUCUGCAGUCCGUCUGAAACAUGACCGUUGCUUGUCAUUCUGAUUGGUCUGCUAGAGAGGAAGUGCUCUGAACCCAGCUGGUGCUUCCCAAAUGGCACCCUGUUCACUGUAGUGCACGACUUGUGGCCCCUAUGAGCCCUGGUCAAAAGUGGUGCACUAAAUAUGGAAUAGGGUGCCAUUUGGGACACAGGACAAGUGUAAAUCGAGGCGCUCCGUCCACCCAUCCAUCUGUGGUAAUUCUAUCCAUCUAUCUCCAGUCCAUAUUUAAAACCAGAGGACAGUAACUAUGGUGACGACCACACUGCUGUAUUUAACUUGACUCCAUUAUUAUAUGUAAAAAAACGCUGAAUGAGCUCUUCUGUCCACACUACAAGGCUGAGUCACAAAUGGCACCCUAUUCCCUAUAUCGGUAACUACUGUAGUAGUGCAAUAUGCACAGCAGGGGUUCCCAACCUUGUUUUAUUAUUGUUUAUUGAGAUUGUCUUUAUUAAAUACACCAGCUUCAUUUUGUUACAUUUAAGGGACCUAGGAAAAAGUCUAAAGACGUAUUUUAGGUGGGCAAUUUAUUUAUUUUAUUUUGUUUUUUUUAUUUAACCUUUUAUUUAACGAGGCAAU